UGAGGGCGUUACGAAAAACUCGUCUGAAUCUACCAGCAAAAAGGAUGGCCUGGCGAGGGACUUCCCCAAGGCUCGCAUACUUUUGUAUCAGUAUGAAUCAGCAUGGGUUGGGGAUCUCAAAGUCAAGACUUUCUUGAGAGACAUUGCCAAGUCAAUGUUGGAAGGGCUGCAAGCAAAUCGUGAAAAAAUAAGAGAUCGUCCCAUUGUCUUUAUCGGACACAGCAUGGGAGGCCUAGUUAUUGCAAAGGCUAUCACGCUUGCAGCAGAAACAUACAGGGAAAUCUUCCCAAGGCUGUUUGAGUGCAUCGCUGGAUGCGCCUUCUUUGGAACGCCGUUCGGCGGUGCUCAAGUUGCCGCUAUCGCCUCCAUGCUGGGUAAUAUAGGCGAACAACUUGGGUACACCAAAUCGUCGGCAUUGGUGGAUAUGAUGAAGCCCGGAGACGAGAGCUUGAACGAGCUCCGAGGCGACUUGCUGCGGUUAGCUGCCAAAAUGAGCCCACACGUCCAGCUCUUUUGCUUCUACGAGAAUCACCCAACGGACUUUACACAAGCAAAGCUAGGUCCAACCAUGUCGAAAAUCGCAAAGACGUUUGUUUCCAAGAAGCUGCAAGACUUCGUCUCCAGAGAGUCGGCGACAUUACCUGGAAUCCAGGAGAUGGGUCUUGCCGCCAACCAUCGAGAUCUCGUAAAGUUUAGCGACUUCAAGGACCCUCGGUACCAACUCGUCAGAGAGCCGCUCAAGAGACUCAUUCAUGGCGCCAAUCUCGUAGCCAAAAACAGACUCAACUCAACCCGUGGAAUCGAGCCAGAGGUUGUCAACAAUGUCAUGGAGUUGCUGAACGGCGGUCAAGUUUCGAAGAAGCGCAAAAUGCUUGCGCCUCAGUUUCCGCCAUCAAUCUGGAUUCCCAAGGCGGAGGCAUACUUGGAGUGGUUGCAAGAGGACCACGAAGCGGGGAGCGCGAUACAGAAGCACAGAGGACAGGCACUGUACAUUCGCGGUCCAGAGGGAAGAGGAAAGACGCGAGCGACUAUGGCGGCCCUCCAGGAUAUCGAUAAAAUCAUCUCAGCCGACGAAAAGGUGAGCCAUGGGCGAGGACCUGCCCUCGUUGCGUACUUCUUCUGCGACCCGUCUUCGGACUUUUUGACUGCUGAAGACUUACUCAAGUCGUUGGUACGGCAGCUCAUCGGCCAGCAAGCCACCUUGUCUGUGUACGCGAAGCACUUUGUGAAGAAGAAGGGCGAAGACUCGUCAAAGACUUCGGCGAAUCUCACGGUAGAGAACCUGUGGCAGACUCUCCAGGAUAUUCUCACAGACGAGUUCAUCGGUCGCAGAGUCUACUUCGUCAUCAACAACUUACACGUUCUGCCUGAAGAUGCCGAGUCCACUGUUAAGUUGAUGCGGUUCCUCAACGCCGAGCUGCAAGAACUCAAGACAGAGGACGACAAGCGAGUUCCUACCAGAUGGUUUCUCACUAGCAGAGAAGUUCAUCACGUGGAAGACUCGUUAAAGGUGGACGGAAUCCAACUCAUCGAUCUCGAGGAUGACAAGUACUGCGACCAGGUUCAGCGGGAGCUGCGCAAGGCGGCACAGGAGAAGGUGCAAAAACUCGGCGAGACCAAGAAUUACAAUAAGGCGCUCACAUACUAUGCGAGCAGUCUGAUUGGGAAGAGGGCAUCCAACAGUCAAUGGAUCAAGCUUUCCUGCAUGCAGCUUGCGGAGCUCCCUAAAGCAGAAAGUGAUCUCAAGAUCAGACACAUGCUUGAGGGUAUGCCUCAGGAGCUUAAGGCUCUCUUGGACGCUGCGUGGCUCCAAAUUUUUCAAUCCAACGAAAAGGAGACCGACAAGAUCAAGGAGCUGCUGCGAACACUCGUUUUGACGUUUGAAGAGCCUACCGAGGAUGAGCUUGUUGUUUUGGCGGGCUUCCCUGCCACGGAAGCGGGAAAGGCCGAGCUUCAGGAUUUGGUGAAGAAGUGCAGGCCGUUGUUGACGGUGACGAGAAGCGGCAAGUCUGAAAAUACCAUUGGCUUCAUGGACAGGGUCGUCAAAGAACAUCUUUUGGAAAAGGAGACCUCGAGGAAGACGCUGGGCAUGUCGAAUGACGAAAGCAAGUGGCAGCAGGGCAUCAUUGCGCUCCGGUGUUUGGCGCACAUCAAGGAAGCGUUCAACUUCCCUGAGGAAGUGAAGCCUGUUGUAGAGGCUCAGGAGGAAAACGAAGAGGCAGAGACCCAGUCUACAAAGGACGAGGACGAGGAGAGUGAAGGAUCUGAAGCAGAUGGGGAGGAGAGCGCCGCGGCUGAUUCUGAGCAAGAUGAUUCGGACAGCGACACAGACUGGGACGACGAUGAAUCCACCUACGGCUACCAAGACGACGAGGCCGAAGAGGCGAGAAUACUGGCCGAAAAGGUGCUGCCCUACCCCGUCAAGCACUGGCUACACCACGCCAGCAGAGCUACGCUGGAGAUUGCGGAGGAUCUCAGCGAGGAUGACUUUUGGAAGAAGCCCGAGUCUUUGAUUCGGUACCGGUGGCUCGUCGUCUACAUGUCCAUGACGAAAGUGCUCGAUGGCUUCGAACCCAGGGAGUUGACUGCUUUGCAUAUCGCCGCUGCGGUCGGAUUCAAGCAGCUUGUCUCCGCGCUCAUCCAGAACGGUCAUGAGCACGAGAUUAACAUGAGGGACAAUCUUGUCAAUACACCUGUAAGGCUACACUAUAUUCCAUUCUUGAGCCAUUGCCAGCUUGGAAAUUUUGACUUGUUACUAACAUUCGUGGCAGCUUCAUUUCGCCGCAUACAUAGGCAGACCAAACAUCGUGGACGAGCUUCUCAAAAGAGGCGCCAGUAUCGACGAUGGUAUCGAUAUCGGCGAGCAGACCCCGCUACACAUGGCGGCAUUUGCUGGCCACGUCAAAGUCAUGGAAAAGCUCAUCAAGAGGGGUGCGAAUGCCAACGCUAUCGCCAGUGAUGUCGGCCCAGUCAUGAAUGCCGCCAUUUCUUCCGGUAGUCCAGAUGCCGUCAAGCUACUCGUCGAGAAGCAGGUUUCGCUAUCCGUCGAGGACGAGAACAUCGAUUCGCCUCUGGCGUUGGCUGGUCUCCACGCAGACCUGUCCAUGUUUGAAUACCUCACGCAAACCUACGCUGACAAGCUCCCGGCCAAGGAGUUCGACAAGGCCUUCAUCAAGGCCGCCGUCUCUGGCAGAGUGGACGUGUUCAACAAGCUAUUGACUUACUCUCAUCCUCAAGAGUGCUUCCAGACUGCGCUAAAGGUGGCGGCAGAGGAGGAGAAUUGGGACAUUGUUAUGAUACUUCUGGAGC